AUGGGUUCCCUCUUCUUUUCGUUUCAGGGAAAACUGGAUGAUCCAGACGCUCACAUAAAAUUCAUCAAAUAUACGACAGCUUACGAGGUUCUGAAAGACCCAGAUCUGCGUAAAAAAUACGAUCUCUAUGGGGAAGAGGGUCUAAACGGUCAGAACACUCAGCAGAACUAUCGCUCUUGGUCUUAUUACCAGGAAAAUUUUGGAAUUUACGACGACGACCCUCAAGUGGUGACUCUGAACAAAAAUGAUUACCAUGACAACGUCAUCAAUUCUGAAAAGAUCUGGAUGAUUAAUUUUUACUCCCCGAUGUGCAGUCACUGCAGAACCCUCGCCCCGUCCUGGAGAAAAAUAGCCAAGGAUUUUGAGGGUGUAAUUAGAGUUGGUGCAGUCAACUGUGAGGACGACUGGUCCCUCUGUCGUCAGCUGGGAAUUCAGUCCUAUCCAACUCUCCUCUUCUACCCUAAAAAUUCUCAACACGGAAUUAGAUUCACCUCGAGGAAGAACUACGACGAAAUAUCAGAAUUCAUAAUGUCCAGGCUAGAUGUGAACCUCGAAAAAUUAUCUCAAUCGAGUUUCCAUCGUUUGAUCAAAGAUUCAACAUCUAGGAAAAACUCCUGGCUGAUUUUUACCUGUGGUAAAAAUCGCGAGUGCUUCGAAGAAGAAGAUCAAUUGAAGAUUUCUGCUAUUUUUGAGAAUAUUUUGAAUAUUGGAGUGUUUGACUGUGAUAGAAACCGCUGUGAUGAUGUUUUGGAGUCCUCUACGUCGGCUGUUUUCCUUUCUGGUGAUCCUCGUGAUUCUAAAUCCCCGGUUCUAUUCGGUGGACUCGAGGAUAUCGAUAGCUUGGUCCAUGAGGUGCUCGAACAGCUGCCAGAACCUCAAGAAAUCACUGCUGAAGAGUUUGAGAGAAUUAAAAAUGGAUUGGCGAGUGAUUCUGAAGGAUGGUUAAUGUGUUUUUAUAUAGGACACGCGACAGAGCUAGAUCUCUUACUGAAGCGUCUGCCAGGGAUAAUCCAGGACGUAAACCUGGGUAAAGUAAACUGCGGACGUCACAAUGCACUCUGUUCUUCACUUUCGAUAAACCGUUAUCCAAUGUGGGGAGUCCUGAAGCCCUCAGGAGCAUUCGAGCUGAAUCACGGAAAGGAAAAGAUAAACGACAUAGCAAAAUUCGCUGAAAACAGUAUGAAAGCCCAAAACGUAUGGGCGUUGUCUGCCUCGAAAAUCCUUUCAAUUCUCCAACGGAAGACACAUUCAGAAGUCUGGUUUCUGGACUGGUACGCUCCAUGGUGUCCUCCCUGUUUGCAAUUUCUUCCAGAGCUUCGAAAAGCUUCUCUCCACUUUCAAAAAUCGACAAUCCACUUUGGCACAGUCGAUUGUACCGUGCACUCAUCGAUUUGUCGUCAGUACAAUAUUCGCUCGUAUCCAACUGCAAUGUUAAUCAACGGCUCCUCCACACAUCAAUUCACCCUUCAAAAAACAGCCCGAAAUAUUAUUGAGUUCAUAAAAGAGUUUAUGAAUCCCACAGUGAUGAAAUUGAAUUCCAAUAAUUUUUAUGAUACUUUGGGAAAGAAAAGCCCCAGCAAUUUGUGGGUGGUGGAUUAUUUUGCCCCCUGGUGUGGCCCCUGUCAGCAAUUGGCACCUGAGUGGACGUCAGUUGCCAAAGUUCUUCAUCUUUUGCCAUAUGUGAAAGUGGCUAGUGUCGACUGCGAAGAGAACGGGAAUCUCUGUCGUUCCCAGGGGAUCCGGAGUUAUCCCACCAUUAGAUUGUACCCAAUGGGGAGUGAAGGACUCAAUCAGAUUGCCAUGUACAGUGGAAAUAGAGACGCGAUUUCCUUGAUGAGAUGGAUAAUUCAAUUUUCGGGGAUUAGUGUUAAGGAAUUCAGUGAACGUGACUUAGAGAGGAAGGUGAUUAACAAUAACAAGAGGGAUGUGUGGGUGAUUGAUUAUUAUGCACCUUGGUGUGGACAUUGUCAAGUACUUGAACCACAAUUUGCUGUUGCUGCUAAAAUGCUUGAGGGGAGGGCAAGGUUUGGCAGAUUGAAUUGCGAAGACUCCCAGGCAAUUUGUGGAAGGGCUGGGGUCAGUGCUUAUCCAACGGUGAUCGUUUAUAGGGAUGGGGAUAAGAGGCUGAAUGGAGGUAAGAGGCUGGAAGGGACAACUGCUGAGGGGAUUAGAGAUGAAGUGGAGAUGUUGAUGAAGGAGAGGGAGAGACAUGAUGAAUUGUGAGGACAAUUUAUAGUAUUUUGCUCAGAAACUCAAUUUAUAAAGGGAAUUUAUACUAUAAUUCACAACUCGGAUUAAUGCAUUUCAUCCAGAAUUA